AGAGAGGCUAAAGAGGAAAAGGAUACAAAAGAGGCUUUAAUGAGCACUAAUAAAGAGCCCCUUUCGAGACAAAUUGCAAACUUUCAGACAACUUUCGCUCUGAGAGUUCUUUCGGGAGAUACAAAUGGAUUGACAAUUGGAAAUACAAUACAGUAUAGACUGGACGUGUCUUUGCCCCGAACCAGUGGUCUCGACCUUUUGCUCGAGUUAUACACAAAAGAUAUUCUUAAUGAGGACUACUCUCCGGCCCUUUCUUUGUAUAACAUAACGGUCAGCAAUAAAGUGGCCGGAAUUGGCUUCUUGACCAAUGGUGCGCCCCCUAAGCCUAAGUUGCAUCUCAACCAAAUCAACAACAAUGUGUACGACAGAAUUGCACUGGACUUCGGCACAGUUGCCAACAACGGCGCCGACGGCAACAAAAUGUCGGUAUUCUUUUCGGUAGCUUUGGUCAGGAAAAGCAAUAUGACUGCUGGCAGUAAACACUUCGUUACGGUCGGCGCUGAGUAUAAUCAGGGGUCUUAUGUAUGGGUCGGUGUCUCGCAAGUGACCGCAGAGACAAUACCAGCGGCUGAAGACCAAAAAUUAGCAGAUGUUAAUGUAAAAGGCGUUCCGACGAUAGCACUCGACAGUGCGCUCACAUUUACCGCCGAAGCCUUAUUGGAGUUUCGUUCAGACAAUAUAAUACUGGAGAUGUGGGGGCCGUCGCACGCGUAUGAGCCCAACAACGUUAUAGCGAUGGGACAAAUCGGUGUGAAUGAGUUUGGCUUAAACUACCAGUCGGUGCCAAAUCAACCGCAACACUAUCUCACUAAACGGAUUGAAAGCCAAUCGAGGCUUUCGUAUCAAAAAGCAAUUCUUGAUAUGGGGCUCAUCACCAAUACGGGCGAAAAGGUAGGCAAACCCUCGGCUGACAGUAAUAACAAACUGGUCUUUACGCUCACUGUUUACGCGACCAAUAAUAAAGAAAAUGUUGGCAAAGAAGUGCCCAUUAAUAUGCAAAUAACUAUUGGAAACAAUACGGUUUGGAAACAGACUUUUGAUGUAAAAGUUACCGAAAGAAAGCUCGAGAAAUCUGUGGCACGAAUGUUGGUCUCAAAUGCAAAUUACUAUCCAUUAAUGGGAUAUCAGGGAAAUCUAAUAACACUCACAUUAAAUACUGAAUUCAGUGAAUCCAAUACUUUCACUGACUUUUCAGUGGUGGUCGAAGUGCCGACCGCUAGAAAACUGGCACUUCUGGAGCCCUGUUCUGCCAGACUUGUCAAAGAAGAGACCGGUAUUAACAUCCCUUACGUCGACUCCAGACAAAUAGAGCCCACACUUGAAGGCAAUCAAUAUAUUUUCAAUUUCGGGAGAAUUCAACUCAUAAAACAACGCUCGCCGUCGAAGAAGAAUGAGAACACUUUAGUCACACAAAUCAUCCUUAAGAUCGCCUUUCAUGAAGAAAACAUUGAAGGCAAAGCCUUAUCGGCAAACGUUAAGACAAUUAGUGGCGUAAAAUCAAUUAAAGUAAAGUCAGAGGANUAA